AUGUCUGUUCGAUACAGCUCCAGUAAGCAGUACUCUUCCUCCCGCAGUGGAGGAGGAGGAGGAGGAGGAUCAUCCCACAGAAUCUCGAGCAGCAAAGGCUCCCUUGGUGGAGGAUUUAGCUCAGGGGGCUUCAGUGGCGGCUCCUUCAGCCGUGGGAGCUCUGGUGGGGGCUGCUUUGGGAGCUCAUCAGGUGGCUAUGGAGGAUUGGGAGGAGGCCUUGGUGGAGGUAACUUUGGUGGAGGGUUUGGAAGCAGCAGCUUUGGUGGGGGCUAUGGAGGAGGCAUGGUAGGAGGAGGCAACUUUGGAAUUGUCGGCUCUGGUGGGGGUGGCUUUGGUGGAGGCGGCUACGGAGGAGGCUAUGGAGGAGGCUAUGGAGGAGGCUACGGUGGUGGUUUUGGUGGUGGUUUUGGAGGAGACGGUGGCCUUCUCUCUGGAAAUGAAAAAGUAACCAUGCAGAAUCUGAAUGACCGCCUGGCUAGCUACUUGGACAAAGUUCGGGCUCUGGAAGAAUCAAACUAUGAGCUGGAAGGUAAAAUCAAGGAAUGGUAUGAAAAGCAUGGCAACUCACGCCAGCAAAAGCCCCGUGACUACAGCAAAUACUACCAAAUCAUCGACGACCUUAAAAAUAAGAUCCUCAACCUAACAACUGACAAUGCCAAUGUCCUGCUUCAGAUCGACAAUGCCAGGCUGGCAGCUGAUGACUUCAGGCUUAAGUAUGAGAAUGAGGUAGCCCUGCGCCAGAGUGUGGAGGCCGACAUCAACGGCCUGCGUAGGGUGCUGGAUGAGCUGACUCUAACCAAGGCUGACCUGGAGAUGCAGAUUGAGAGCUUGACUGAAGAGUUGGCCUACCUGAAGAAGAACCACGAUGAGGAAAUGAAAGACCUUCAAAAUGUGUCCACUGGUGACGUGAAUGUGGAAAUGAAUGCUGCCCCAGGUGUUGACCUGACUCAACUUCUGAAUAACAUGAGAAGCCAAUAUGAACAACUUGCUGAACAAAACCGCAAAGAUGCAGAAGCCUGGUUCAAUGAAAAGAGCAAGGAACUGACUACAGAAAUCGACAGUAAUAUUGAACAAAUGUCCAGCCAUAAAUCUGAGAUUACUGAAUUGAGACGUACUGUUCAAAGUCUGGAGAUUGAACUACAGUCCCAACUGGCCCUGAAACAAUCCCUCGAAGCCUCCUUGGCAGAAACAGAAGGUCGCUACUGUGUGCAGCUCUCACAGAUUCAGGCACAGAUCGCCACUCUGGAGGAACAGCUGCAACAGAUUCGAGCUGAAACCGAGUGUCAGAACACCGAAUACCAGCAACUCCUGGACAUCAAGACCCGACUGGAGAAUGAAAUUCAAACCUACCGCAGCCUGCUAGAAGGAGAGGGAAGCUCCGGAGGCGGAUCCUACGGCGGUGGUCGCGGCGGCGGAAGUUCCGGCGGCGGCUACAGUGGAAGUUCCGGCGGCGGCUACGGUGGAAGUUCCGGCGGCGGCGGCGGCGGCGGAAGUUCUAGCGGCGGCGGAAGUUCUGGCGGCGGCGGAAGUUCUGGCGGCGGCGGAAGUUCUGGCGGCGGAGGCCCCUACGGCGGAGGAAAUUUCGGUGGCGGCGGCGGCCCCCACGGCGGAGGAAAUUUCGGUGGCGGCGGCAGCUACGGCGGAGGCCACAAGUCCUCCUCUUCCGGGUCUGUCGGAGAGUCCUCGUCUAAGGGACCAAGGUCAGCAGAAACUAGCUGGGAUACUAACAAAACCAGAGUAAUCAAGACCAUUAUUGAAGAGGUGGCACCUGACGGUAGAGUCCUUUCAUCUAUGGUUGAAUCAGAAACCGAGAAACACUACUAUUAAGCGGCAUCGGGAGGUGCGAGUCUCCCUUCACACCGGCCCUUGUGUACAGAUCCGUGGAAAACAACCUCUAGGAAAGCGCUUUGUCCUCGUGCUCUGUGGAAGCAGGUUCACUCCUUGAAAACAAGGUGUCUGCCAGGUGUUCUGUGGUUUCUGUGUUUCUUUUCACUUUACCAGAAAGUGUUCUUUAAUGGGGAAAAAACCCAGAACAAACCUUUCUGUUCUCUUUUACUAAUGAAUUUCAAUAAACUUUCUUACUGAUGCAGACUA